CCCGCCCCCCGCCCGCCCUCCGGCCGCCUCUGCCACCGCGCGCCGCAGCCGCACCGCCUUCCUUCCCUGCGCAGUCGGUGUCUCCGCAUCGCUGGGUGGGACUUGGCUUGGCCAUGGGCAAGCAGAACAGCAAGCUGCGGCCGGAGAUGCUGCAGGACCUGCGUGAGAACACAGAGUUCUCAGAGUUGGAGCUGCAGGAGUGGUAUAAGGGCUUCCUCAAGGACUGCCCCACAGGCAUCCUCAACGUGGACGAGUUCAAGAAGAUCUAUGCCAACUUCUUUCCCUAUGGCGAUGCCUCCAAGUUCGCUGAGCACGUCUUCCGCACCUUUGACACCAACAGCGAUGGCACCAUCGACUUCCGGGAGUUCAUCAUUGCGCUGAGCGUCACCUCCCGUGGCCGCCUGGAGCAGAAGCUCAUGUGGGCCUUCAGCAUGUACGACUUGGACGGCAACGGCUACAUCAGUCGUGAGGAAAUGCUGGAGAUUGUGCAGGCUAUUUACAAGAUGGUUUCGUCCGUGAUGAAGAUGCCAGAGGACGAGUCGACCCCGGAAAAGAGGACGGAGAAAAUCUUCCGCCAAAUGGACACCAACAACGACGGCAAGCUGUCCCUGGAGGAGUUCAUCCGCGGGGCCAAAAGCGACCCGUCCAUUGUGCGCCUUCUGCAGUGCGACCCCAGCAGCGCCUCCCAGUUCUGAGCGAGAGGAACCAGGUCCCCCUUUCCCCUCACCCCACCUUCCUGGGCCCUCUCCUGGCUCGAAGCUUCCUCCGUCCCUCUUGUUUCUCCAGGCUGGGGGUCAUAGUGGGCACCCCGGACCUACCCUCUGGGGGGGGGGGCCUAUGAAGAAAGGCACCCUGCCGUCCCCCCCAGACCUACAAAUAGGCAAGCAAUGAACACCCACCCCUCCACACACCCCAACCCCAGAGGCUCCCUAUUGAGUCACAGGGCCUGGCUUGAUCUGCCCGAAGACAGCACCCCCCUUUCUCCUUGAGAUAGUGAACUUCCUUCCCCCAACAACAGGGCACCACUCCCUAAGUUUCAGCCUGAGGGGAGGGGAUCAUUCCCUCUGCUGUGUGUGGGGGGAAGAGAGGGGUACAGAGUGGGGAGGUGGAGGGAACACAGCUGGAGGAAAAGGUCCCCAGCUCUUCCUAGGUCUGGAGGCCAAGACGCAAAAGGCACCCCUGCAUUCUAGCCCCCCAGUGGUGGGUCCCUUGAACCCCUUGCCUGCUGUUCUGCACGGAUGAACACAUGGCUCCUGUCUCAGCCACACACUCACAGGCCCACAACACGAGGGGCAAAUAGCCCUGAGCACAACUCCCUCCCAUCCCUGCAGCCUUGUGGGCCAAGCGCAGGCCCUGUGAGCCUGUCCCCAUCCCUAUCCCCUGCUGCAUGCAUCCACGUGGAGCAUCUUUUCUUUUUAAUACCUUCACAAUAAAGUCUGUUUCAGUGCA